AUGCCAUCAGACGUAGCAUCAAGCACCGGGCUUCCCACUCCGUGGACCGUCAGAUACAGCAAGUCCAAGAAGAGAGAGUAUUUCUUCAACCCGGAGACAAAGCACUCACAAUGGGAGGAGCCUGAAGGUACCGACAAGGAUCAACUGCACGAACACUUAAAAGACCACCCAGUACGCGUUAGAUGUCUGCAUAUCCUCAUCAAGCACAAGGAUUCAAGAAGGCCCGCAUCGCAUAGAUCGGAGAACAUUACAAUAUCCAAGCAAGAGGCCACGGACGAGUUGAAGACCUUGGUCACGAGGCUGGAUGACGAUUCCAAGACAAACUCCUUUGAGGCCUUAGCCAAGGAGAGAUCCGACUGCUCUUCGUAUAAGAGAGGCGGUGAUCUAGGCUGGUUUGGCAGAGGUGAGAUGCAGCCCAGCUUCGAAGAUGCCGCCUUCGACCUCAAGGUUGGAGACGUGAGUGAUAUCGUCGAAUCUGGCAGCGGAGUCCAUGUGAUCAAGCGUGUAGGUUAG